UUGAUUUAAUAACACCAACAAAACAUAAACACAAAAAUGGCCACCAACUACAAAAGUUGUCCAUUGAAAAAACGUCCCAUCGUCUACGUUAAAGACGAUGAAGAACUCUUGCAACAACAACAACCCAUUGUGCACUACGAACAAAUGGAAGCCUUGGCUUUGACCAAGACCUCCAAUGUCAGUGAUAAUGUUGAUCAGCCACAAGAUUUAUCAUUGAAACGUAAAGCUAACGACAGUUUCGUGGAUUAUGUCGUGCCAGCUAAACGUGAAUAUGUUUUAAAUCUAUCCAACAAAUCAUCAUUAUCACCUUCAUUGGAAAGACGUCCACAAUCACCAGCACAGGAUUUAUCUGGCAGUUCUGUCAUGUUAUCUCCUGCUUGCGAAACUGAUUCCAGCAUGGAAUAUCAACCAAGUGAUAUUCACUUGAGAGGAUUAACUACCGCCACAAAUGGUUAUACCAACAAUCCCUAUCAAUCAGCUUUUGUAAUGGCUGCUGGCUGCAAUCCUAUGACUGCCUUGUGGAACACCUAUCAACCCGACAUCUCGGCCAUAUUCCCAUCACCAGCAUCUUCAAUUGCCUCGGCAGCAUCUCCUGGCUCAGCCUACAGCUAUCAACACAUUACACCACCCUCAAGUCCCGGCUCAGAAGUAAAUUCUGAACCAGAGGAUCUUUCAGUGCGUAAUGAUAUUCCUCUGCCAGCUUUAUUCCAUCUAUUCGAUGAAGCACCCAGUCAUCAGUCACCAAACUCAUCGGCUUCUUCGGUCUACUCGCACAGCAGCUCAACCAGUUCAUCAUCUUCAUCAGCCUGCUCCAACACUUCCAGUACAGCCAACAAGAAUUAUCGCUUCAAGUGUGACAAAUGCAACAAGAUGUACUCCACCUCCAUGGGUUUGUCGAAACAUCAACAAUUCCAUUGCCCAGCUGCUGAAUGCAAUCAGGAGAAGAAGCAACAUGCUUGCCAAGACUGCGGUAAACUCUAUACCACCAUGGGUGCCUUGAAAAUGCACAUUCGCACUCAUACUCUGCCCUGCAAGUGCCCCAUCUGCGGCAAGGCCUUCUCCCGUCCAUGGCUGUUGCAAGGUCACAUUCGCACUCACACCGGCGAGAAGCCCUUCCAGUGCCCCGAUUGUCCACGCUCAUUUGCUGAUCGUUCUAACUUGAGAGCUCAUCAACAAACUCAUGUGGAUGUUAAGAAAUACGCCUGCAAGGUCUGCCACAAAUCCUUUUCACGCAUGUCUUUGCUCAACAAACAUGCCAGUUCCAAUUGUACCAUCACAAUUGCGUAAAUACUGGCAACACUACACUAUGCCUCUGCAACAAACCAACAGUACAAAGCUCUGCCACAAAAGAGAGUGAAGUUGAAACAUUCCGCUGGAAAGGAUUAAUUUAUUUUUUUCUUUUAUAUUUUUUUUUUAAUAAUUUUACUUUAGUUUUAAAAGCAAAACAAACAAACAAACCUCAUUAUUUUACUAUUAAGUUUAUGGAAGACAAUAAUUAUUAUUAGAGAUACUCAUAUUAUUAAGUUUAUUUUAUUAUUAUAUAAUCAUACAUAUUAAGUAAUUCCUAAUUAUAAGUAUUAAUUAACGGUGCUAUAUUGUUAUAGUAUAAACAUUAUUCUUAAACUGAACUUAAAUUUUUAUUUAUUUUAUUUCUUUUUCAAUAUUUUGGCAUUGAGUUUAAGUUCUAGUCUCUUUUUUUUCUUCAUUUAUUUUAACAUUUA